AUUUAUUGAUUGUGAAUCUCAAUCAUGAAGUUUCUUAUCACCAUUCACUUGACAACCUGGGUUGCUAUUAAACUAAUUUUAACCUGUGAUGGUCCACUGUUGGCCUCAGCUCAUGGUAUGUUGAUUAAACCAGCAGGUCGAGUAUCAGCUUGGCGUGUUGGCUAUAAAACACCAAUCAAUUACAAUGACAUGGAAAUGUGGUGCGGAGGAUUAGCAGCUAAACGAGCCAGUGGAGGGAAAUGCGGUGUUUGUGGUGAUCCUUUUAAUGGAACCCGAUCAAGUGAAGUACCGAACGGUCAAUGGGUAACCAAACCACCAACGCUCACUGGAGAUUAUGUUCAAGGUGAUUGGAUUAAUGUGACUGUUAACCUAACCGCUGCCCAUAAAGGAUAUUUUGUGUUCCGUUUGUGUCCAGCUGUGACUGAUGAGGUUGAAGUGACUCAAAAGUGUCUUAACCAAUAUCCAUUAGAGAUAGUAAAUGGGUCGCCUGGAAAUCGCUUCAAGUAUAAUUUAGGUAACCAAGGAUCAGGAAUGUACAACUUUACACUGAUUCUUCCUGGUAAUUUAACCUGUGCUCGAUGUGUGCUUCAAUGGGAUUAUACUUGUGGUAACCAAGGAACCACUGACAUGGAGAAUGAAACUUUCAGAGCCUGUGCUGAUAUCAGGAUAAAUAGAAAAGACGAUGAAAUGGACAAUGAAAUUGACGUGACUGAGAAACCGAAGAUAACCAAAGAUACUGUCAAUGACAAAUACGAAGCCAAAGAAACUGAAAAAUAUAAUUUUGAAGAUUAUGAAUCCUGGAAUCAAGCCUCAAAUUACAUUUAAAUAGUUCACUCAAUAUAAUUGACUAAACUUCAAGAUGAUGAUUAAGCUGUGCAACAUGUGUAAUAAUUUAAAGCUGAGUUUGUUGCAGUUCUUUAGAUUUCCUGAUGCCACAGACGGAUAAAACUGGAAAAACGGAAAAGAAAGUAAAGAGAUGGAACAAGAUUGAAUAAUUCAUUGUUUAAAUUUAUGUUGUUUAGAUUAUUUUUUUAUUGUAAACAAAAUGAUUUUGAAAAAGCUACAAUUAACACCUUUAAUAGCUGAUGAAGUUGUGUACAUUUUGUAUAAACGAGAGUUUGCUGUCGAGUGAAGAGUUUGGACUUCGUGGGUUUUUAGAAGCAGUGAACUGACUCCAUUAGUAUUAUCAAACGAUGGCUUCUCCGAUCGUCAUUUGCCGAGACCAAACUUGGAACUUGGAACUUCUUUCAUUAACUAGAUCAACUGGAAGUCGGCGUAGUCGUAGUUAUUGAAUACUAAUAAUAUUUUAAAUGUUUACUCAGUUUACUAUUGUUAAUCUUUGUUGUUUCACCAGCCACAUAAAUACCAUAAGAUGUGUGCUCUUUGGGAUUCGUCAAGAAAACACUGUUUUGUGUUUUAUAGUAAAACAAUGAAUCAUGUUUUGGUGUUCUAAAUGAAUUCGUCAUAACAAUUAAAAGGCAAAAUUGAAAGAUCCAUAUUGGAAGCUGAAUAAACAUGACAAAUUUUUGACAGAA